AUGUCUUCUGCUACAAUUAAUAGUCAAAAUAGUCAGGCCAAAGAUCUUGAAGUUCCCCGAUCUGUUAUAUUUAAGCUCUAUGCACACACUUUAUUGAUGGUUUUUCUUCCGAUCGGCACUUACUUUUUUACUUCAAAUUAUUUUUUCCAAGGAGAACUUAAUACGACUUAUGCAGCACUCUCGGCUGCGGGAAUAGCCAACGUCGUUGUACUUUCCUUUAUAAUUACUGCAUUUAUGGAAGAUACUAGUGUUCAAAAACGAGAUAAAAAGGAAUGA